AUGAUAUCUGGUUACGAACGGACAAAGGAGCGGCAGGAAACGUGCGCGUUAAGCUUGAUGUCGACUCAGUUGCCCCCUACGCCGAGAGUCAUAUCAGCCCAAGGGAUGAGUUAAACAGGAUAUUCAGUCGCAGCUCCCUUUCCGCCGAUCAAUCUAAAACUCUGGUGGCAGACGACUUGGCGAUUUUCGGAGACAAACAAACUGCUGGAGAAGUACAUAUCAAGGACGAUAGGACCCUGGGAAUUCUACGUUUUGAGGCUGGCCUUAAACUCCUUUCUGCGUAUCAUAAAGAACUUCUGGAAAGUGCACUUUUCGCCCCUGCCGUGCAUGAUAUUCCUCCACCACGCCCAACCCGCCACCGCAAAGAAGCCACCAAAAGGGUAGAAAAAUGGCUUCGAGACCCAAACAACAGAGGUAGUCGUUACUACGAAGAUAGCAAAGAUGAGGGCGAAGUGGUCACUUAUGAUGCUAUAAACUAUUUCCUGGAAGACACUCGUAACGAUGUUUCUGGAAGAGUCCAACAAUGGUUAGAUAAUACCGAAACCGACCCUGGGUGCUCUGGAAAUAACAACGGAGAAGAGGAAGGAGAGCAGAGUGGUGAUCAUCUCGAGGGACACAGCGUACAUUCCUUGCCGGCGCCCAACGGUCACAAAGGCAGGCUGCAAGUCGUUAAUGCUAUGGACGGUGACGGUCUCUCAUCAACUGAGCGCCUCACACUCCGCGAUGUGAAACGGAAGUCAGCCCUGCAUGUCGUAAAUGUUGUGGAUGGCGAUGGUAUCUCAACCGAACGCUCCACACUCUACGAUCGCAAUCGGAAGUCGGCCCUGCAUGUCGUAAAUGCUGUGGAUGGUUUCUCCACCGACCUCAAAGUGAAGCCAGGAAUGCAUGUCGUUAACGUGGAUGAGGAGGAUGAUAUCUCAUCUGGACCUCUCAACGGGGACAGUGAUCUAGAGGAAACUCCGUCGGAAGAGAAUCCUCAACAUGAAGCUGUUUCGCAGGUCCAAAGUGUCCAAAAGUGCUCUGACAGUAGUAGGAAAGGUAAAGAUAAAGAAUUGCCGAUGCUGCCUGUUCCCACAUAUGGGUCUCACGGACGGCCACCAUCAACGAGUACUCACGGUAGCGCUUCGGGAUACCCAAGCCGAGCGUCGAUGAGGAUUGAUGACGACGUCGUCCGUAGUUUGCGCGACGUUCUCAGAAGACAAUCCCAAAACUCCAGUGACGCGUCGCCCGAGGAUGAUUCCUCCAAAGCUGCUUCUGAAUCCUCCGUCUACACCACUCACAGUUCGCGCAGGCGUACAGUUUCGAUAUCAAGGAUGAGGCUCAACGUCUGAUGGCCUUGAUAUCAUCCCCCGUUCUUGAUGCUCCUCGUCCAGAGCAUUGAUAGAUUUUUUGAUGACAGAUUCUUCAGAUGUAAUGUUCAUCGAGGUGCUGUAGCCGCUUUUGAUUUGUAUCUGUAGUAUUUUUAUUUGCAUAUUUGCAUAGUUAUCUGCCUUAAAUCUUAUGUUAUCUUUUUGACGAAUACCCAUAUUUAUGAUGAAUUAAUGCGAUCUCACAUUGC